GAAGUUGUCUCCCAUGGAAAACUUUUAAUAUACAGAAAACAAGAAGAUUACUCAUAGUAAACUUGAUUCAUAAGUAACUCUAAACUUAGAUGACUUCAAAUUGGCAAACACAAUUUACCAUAUGGGAUGUCUGAAUUAGAUGAAGAAAUACAGAGUUUAAAGUCUUUUUAUUGUCAACCGGGGGAAUUUGAGGUCCAAGAAUUUGGAAACAGCAAACAAAUAUUAGUUCAUUUAGAACAUAACCAACCUAGCCAGGAGCCAAUUCUUAUAAAUGUUGACCUCAGGGUACCAGAAAGUUAUCCUGAACGAAUACCAGAUAUAAUAGUAAACAGUUCACAACUGACUCAUGAAGUUCUAACAAUAAUACGUAAAGAUGCUACAGGCUGUGCUGACCAGAAUCUAGGACAAGCUAUGAUUUUUGUCAUUUUGUGUAAUAUUCAGGACAACUUAGAUAAACUGGUUGAUGAAGAAUAUUCUUUAAAGGUACCAGAAGAAGAUGAAACAGGAGAUGUGUGGAAUUGUUUAUUGUUACUUGAUCAUAUGAGAGCUAAAUCUAAAUACAUCAAAACAAUUCACAAGUGGACACAAGAACUUGAUCUUAAAGGGAGACUACUGUUUUGUGGUAAACUUAUCCUUAUAUUACUACAGGGUCAACAUGUAAACAUUAAGGAAUAUUUAAUUAGACAUAGAAGUGUAAAUGUUGAUGUUGAUUCACAUGGAAGGAGUUGUAAAGAGAGAAUGAUGUCUGUUAUAUGUGAAGAGAAGGCUACAGGUAGCAAAAGAUUUCUAGAUUUUACCGUUGUGGAGUAUGAUAUAAAAGAAGACUUAGUGAAGCUAUUUUCUGACUUUGAUAUGUCACUAGUUUAUUGUAAAUACAUAAAAGAUGUUUAUUUAUGAUAAUUUUUAUUCUUAUUUAUAUUGAAUACAUAUUCAGGAACUGCAAAA